CCCCCUUAGCAGAAUGCUGGGCCAGGCCGGAAGUGGUUCCCAUUGUUGGAGGCAAGUUCUGAUGCUUGACAGUGGUGAGAAGUGAUAUUACGGACUCUUAUUACCUAACUCGGUCUAUUUCUAUCGCAAAAAGUGCUACAGCAGGAAAAAACUAUUUAAAAAGAAAUCUAUUAACCCUGAUGCUUAGUACACUGGUAGAGAAAAUAGCCACUUACGUGUCGCACUCUUCGGGUGAAGACGAAGUCGCAACAGACACCGAUGGUGAACCACCAAAUUGUCCCAUCGAUGGCGGCAAGAAUAAAAGGCGUCUGCAGUCAUUAGAUAUUGAAGAAUAUCCAUCUGCCCCCAAGCGACGGAAAGUUGAAAAGAACUUUCUAGCAAAAUUGACAGACUUUGGUUCGAAAAUGGCUGAAUGGUUUGUUCAUGGCAAGAACCAUUUAUUAAGCCAUUGGGAAAUGAACAAUGAAGACAAGCAGAGGAAUUCCCAGGCAUGUUGUGAUAAACACUGCCAUCACAGUGGUGUCCAAUGCUUGCCCCAGCCAUCAUCAGAAGUCAGCAACAACCCAAACCUUAGAGCCUCUUCGGAACACAAUCCUGACAUUUCAUCUGAUGAAGCAGGUCGAACGGUGUCAAAGAAAAAUUCUAAGUUAAAAGAAUCCCAGUCUGUUCCAAACCAGUCUACUUUAUUUAAAAAUAAGCAAAGCAGGGAAAUGUUCAUCUUCAAAACAGGAACACAGCCUAAAGCAUUUCAGAAACCUAUUCAAUUACGGAAAAACUUCCAGCACCCUGCCAGAUUAAAUGGAGGCCAGAGAUUCUCUACUCCAUUGGUGCUUACUCGCAGCAAACUGUACAGUAUACCCAGCAAGCCAUGGCAACAUACAGAUAUCUGCAGACCAAUGUCCAAUCAACAAAGAUCCACUGCUGAAGAGUAUAUCCGAUUAGAAGAGAAAGAACGCUAUGCACAGCUAUUGAGACAGUGUACCAGUGCUAACUAUCCAGAUACAUCUACCACCUCAUUGUUUCAGUGUCAGAAAAGUAGAAGUUCAUCGACCAGUGAACGGUCAAGUAAUGUUCCAACUGUUCGAGAUGUGGCCUCUGUCAUUCAGCUCCAUCGCCCUACCAUAGUGACCUGUGACAGUGACCAAGAACGGUCACUUUCAGACUUGCCAUCAUUACAGAAACGGUUUAGUUUCUCAGACACUGACACUUCUCAACACAGUGAACAUAAUUUUGAGAACUCCUCAGCUUGUCAGGAUACAAAUUCAUCUUCAGGAGAAAAAACAUCUUCAAAAGAAUCAUCUGAACAUUUAAGUACUUCAUCAGCUCCAAACAUGAAAGCAAUAAAAAUUCUAAAUGAACAUUGGAUGGAAGAGCUGGUCUCAAAAUUCUCUGCUUCAAAUCUGGAGAGGAAAAAGAAAAUAGAAGAAGAGCACCUGAAGGUUAAAUCUUUAGAAGAACAGAGGAAAUCUCGGGAACAUAGAGUACAGUUAGAGAUCCAGCGACGACUAAAGCUUAUUCAGAAGGAGGUGCCAGUCAUACCUGAGCCGGAAACAGAACUGGCACCUGAGCCGGAGCCACAAUCAGAAUGCGAACUAAAGCCUGAGAAAGCUUUAGUGCCAAGGAUUGAUGAAUUGAUGCAGCGUGACAUUGAUGCUGCACUGCGACCAUAUCCUGCAGAUGAUGUCUUGGUCGACGCUUUCCGCAUCCAGCUGAAACGACAGGACAUGGCCACUCUUUCUCGUCUGAACUGGCUCAAUGAUGCUGUCAUCAACUUCUAUAUGUGUAUGCUGAUGGAACGCAGUAAUGAACCUGGUUUCUCAAAAGUCUAUGCAUUCAACACGUUCUUUUACCCAAAACUGUUAUCCAGCAAAUAUGAAGGUGUACGACGGUGGACGAGAAAAGUAGAUAUCUUUGCACACAAAUACCUGAUUAUACCUAUACACUUGGAGAUGCACUGGUGUCUUGCUGUUGUGAACUUCUCUCAGAAGACCAUUUGUUAUUAUGAUUCUAUUGGUGGCAAAAAUACUCAGUGCCUAGAGACAAUUAAAAAUUAUUUAUGUGAAGAAAGUUUAGACAAGAAGAUUGUACCUUUUGAUCUAAAUGGUUGGACAACAAUAACCGUGAAGAACAUUCCAUAUCAGAUGAAUGGUAGCGAUUGUGGGAUGUUUGCUUGUAAAUAUGCUGAUUAUAUUACUCGAGAGCUUCCUAUCACCUUUACACAGGCUGACAUGCCAACCUUCCGGAGACUGAUGGUGUAUGAAAUUCUAAAGAAGAAGUUACUCACUUAAACUCUAGGACAAUCAAAAUUAAACUGUUUUUGCUCUUGUGGUUGUUGUCAAAGCUGUAAAAAAAUCUAAAGCUUUACCAAGUGUCAUCAUCAUCAUCAUUACCAUCAUCAACAGUUUUUCUCUAUUCUGUAACAUAACUAUAAUUCUUACCUCUUUGGCAAAGCCAUAAAUGGCACUGCAUUAUAUUGUAAUAUACGUCACAUGCUCACCUUCUUCCCUUCAUAUUUUGCAAAGAAAGACAAAAAAAAAAAAAAAAUCUGAAUUAAAAG